GUUAGCUUGCUAGUUAGAUAGACUUUUAGCUAGCUAGCUAGUUAAAGCAGCAAUCGGCGGUGGAAACAAUAACAAAGCGAACUCCCCACCACUGUUUCGGUAUAAAGCGGGUGUAUGGGGCUUGAGAAUUGUAAACACUCGCAAAUUCAAAGACAGGACUGACCUCCAUGAUAUCAAAAGUAUACCCUUACGAAAAAAGUUUGCAGUAUAACUGAAGAUGAAUGUGGGUGUGGCUCACAGUGAGGUGAACCCCAACACGCAGGUAAUGAACAGCAGAGGGAUCUGGCUGGCAUACCUACUGCUGGUCACCGUGCUGCACGUCAUCCUGUUGAGCAUCCCUGUCCUCACAGUGCCCCUCGUCUGGACCCUCACAAAUGUCAUCCAUAAUCUGGUGAUGUACUUGUUUCUGCACACGGUGAAAGGAACUCCUUUUGAGACACCAGACCAGGGCAAAGCUCGCUUACUCACACACUGGGAACAGAUGGACAACGGCAUCCAGUUCACAUCCUCACGCAAAUUCCUCACCAUCUCACCCAUUGUACUGUAUAUUCUUGCCAGUUUCUACACCAAGUACGAUGCCACCUAUUUCCUGGUCAAUACAGGCUCUCUCCUCAGUGUCCUCCUUCCAAAGCUGCCCCUGUUCCAUGGAGUACGAAUAUUUGGGAUCAAUAAGUACUGACACAACUGGAUAGUAUCAGAUUUAUGUUUUAUUUAUGUGUAGUUCAUUUCUUAGGUCCAGAGGCAGAAGUGAAGAAGACAUGUUCGGUAACUUUGAGCUGUUUUGAAGGAAAUUGUUGUUUUUAUUGCACAGUUCAUGUUACCUCUCUGACCAAAAACAAAGGAAGCAAAAUGCGCUGAACACAAAGCUAUAUGAUUAAGAGCUACUGAGUGGCCACUGCUUUAUUUCACUAUAUUUAUUUUCAUUAUUUGACAUUCAUAAUGUAUGUGUGCAAUGUGCAUGUAUCCUCAAACCAUUCUUCUCUCUUUGGUUGGAUAACAUGUAUUUGCCAUUUUCUAGAAAGAGCUUUAAUGUGAACUUCAUCACCUUGAAAACUAAGUCUUCAUAAUUACUUGUAUUUGUCCACACAUUAGAAUGUGUGAUUAGAGAGUUUAGGAUAGUGGCAGCCAUACAAAUGGAGUGGUGGGCACCAGUAUGUUUGUGGUGCCUUAAAGUUUUCAGUUGGCUGCCACAUUUUUUUCAUUUAGUUUGGUGACCAAUCCAUGUGAAGACUCUUGGAUAUACAUUGCCAUGUGAGCAUUCUCAAUAUGUGAUAGUGCCUAAAAAAUAAAUGUUCCAAUAUCAGGUUUGAUUCUUCAGCCUACAUCUAAA